AUGGAUUUAGAGAUGCUUAUUGAGUUGGUUAGAGAAAGAAAAUGUUUGUAUGAUAUGAGUGAAAAAAAUUAUAGUGACCACAUGCUAAAAGAAAAUUUAUGGAGAGAAAUUGCAAGCUCAUUAAAACAACCAGUUGAAAACUGUAAAAAAUCGUGGACAAACCUAAGGGACGCAUUUAGACGGGCUGCUAAAAAAUCAGUUACCAAGUCUGGACAAAAAGCCAAUAAUAUAAAAAAAUGGAAAUUUGAAGACGAGAUGGGUUUUUUAAGACCACAUAUGAAGGAAAGAGACUCAAUAAGUAACAUUGAAUCCAUGGUAAAUGAUGAUGACGAUUCUGAUGAUAAUGAAGGUCAGUGUGAAGAAUCGGAAAAUUUGAAUUCUUCGUCCGAAGAUAGUCAUGAAGUACAAUCAAUACAGAGUCAAAAUUCAUUAACUUCAACAUCACAACCGUUUCGUAAGCCAGUAUCAAAAAACAGCUCUGUAUCCAAAAAAAAAAUUAAAUUAUCAGAUAACUAUCCUGAAUCCGCAUCUAAAACAUUAAUGCAAUAUAUAAUACAACAAAAAGAAAAUGAAACGAAAUCUAAAGAAGAUGAAAAAAAUUUAGAUGUAAAUGAUAAAUUUUUUUCAAGUAUGUGUUCCAUGGUCAAACAAUUUUCAUCAUACCACCAACAUGUAGCGAGAUCCAAAAUUUUUUCAAUUGUCUCAGAACUAGAAUUACAGCACAUUACCCAACAAUCAUGUAAUCGACCACAAAAUACACCAAAUCCACAGUCUGUAUCUCAUACACCAAUACAUAACCAACAAGACACUUAUCAGUACCCGAUCCCAAGUAACAGUCAAUACCAUUUUGCAUCAUCUACACCACAUCUUCCACACGGUCAACAAUAUAAUUACGAGUCUGAAACAUCAUCUGACAACAGUUAUUUUAAUACAGUACAUACACAAGGUAAACAAUAA